CCUUGUGUAAAGUGAUCGCGAGCAUUUCACAGAGCGAUUUCCGUCAAAGUGGACGACCUCCAGGUAAAGUGAUUGGUGAUAAAAGAAAGUAGCAGCAUGGAGAGGAAGGAGAUAAUAUUUGAUGGCUAUUUCUAUGAUGUUACCGAAUUUAUCAAAAGACAUCCAGGAGGAAGUAUAAUUUUAGAUUAUACAAAACCUGGCGAGGAUGGUACCCAUGCAAUUCAACAAUUCCAUCAUCGAUCUUUUGACAAAGUCAAGAAAAUGAUGGGAUCGUUUAAGAAACGUCCAGUGAUGGACAUUGAUCUCGAAUUAGACCCUCAAGUGCUGAAAAAGAAUCGCGCCCUAUCAGAAGAUUUUACAAAGCUCUACAAGGACCUGGUUAAGGAAGGAUUUUUCGAACCUUCUCAUACAUACAAUGCUGUACGCAUGGUUGAGUUGCUGGCGAUGUGGUAUGUUGGAUACUUACUGCUACAAUGGCCAUACAAUGUUGCUAAAUAUGCUGGAAUAUUUUUGAUUGGUUUUUCGCAAGGACGCGUCGCUUGGGUGGGACACGAGUGUGGUCACUAUUCUUUCUUAGGAUUUCCAAAGUUCGAUCGAUAUUUCCAAAUUUUCUUGCACGGAACCAUUGGAGGCGCUUCCGCAACUUGGUGGAGACGGGGACAUAAUCGGCACCACGCGAUGCCACAACGGUUGAACCAUGACAUUGAUCUGAGCACAGUUCCAUUGUUGGCGUACAACACAAAAGUUGUGAAAAACAAUGCUGAAGGCAAGGGAUUUCUCAUUAGGCAUCAGACAUACUUCUUCCCGCUUGUCAGUCCUUUGUUAGGCGGAAUAUUUUGGAGAUUUUACAAAGCACCCAAAUUCCUCAUCAAAAACAGGCUGUACACAGAAACAUUGGCAUUGAUUGCACAUUAUGUCAUUUACUUAUAUUUAGUUGGUUUUUCGGUUUGGUUUUUUUCGUCCUGGAUGGCUGGUUCCUACGCAUUCCUAAACUUUGCUUUGAGUCACACUUAU